AAAAAUUCACCUAUAGUGGAAAACUAUUAGCUAGCUAGGUUAACGGUGCAGUCGACAUUCAAAAUUCUUCAUGAGAUAGUUAAAUAAAACGUAUUAGACUGUAAUUUUAUCAGGUUCAUUGUAAGAGAAUUUAGUUUACAUUGGCAUCGUCAUCUUGCAGCUUUAAAUGAACAAUGAAACAAGGUAGCGUUAGCCAUCUCUAACAUAACGCUACGUAGCGAGGGUAACAGCUAACAGUUUGUGUUUUCGUAGACAUGAACACCCAAUGUUACCUUGGUUAGUGACAAACAAGUUUUAUUUAGAAACCUCAUCGAGAGAAACCCGUCGACAUGAUCCUCUCUCGCAUGAAGCCAGCAGUGGGAGGAGAGGCACAGGCGAGCAUCAGUGAGAAAAAGAAGAAAAACAAAACAAAGGUUCCCCGCUUGGAGGAAUACUUGCAGCAGAGAGACUACCUUGGAGCCUUGACACUCUUAGAGUUUAAGAGAAGUAUUGGAGAGAAAGAAGAGCAUGCGGACCUCUGGAUUGGCUACUGCGCCUUUCACUUGGGUGAUUACAAGAGAGCUAUGGAGGAGUACAAGUCUCUGACCACAAAGCCUGACUGUCCUGCUCAGGUUUGGGUCUAUCUGGCCUGUGCCAUGUUUUUUCUGGGGCUCUAUAAAGAGGCUGAAGAGGCCGCAUCUAAAGCGCCAAUGUCCCCCCUGCAAAACCGACUACUCUUCCAUUUGGCUCACAAGUUCAACGAUGAGAAGAAGCUGAUGGGUUUCCACCAGAACCUGGAGGAUGUGACGGAGGACCAGCUAAGCCUGGCAUCCAUCCACUACAUGCGCUCCCACUACCAGGAGGCUAUAGACAUCUACAAACGCCUUCUACUACAAAACAGAGAUUUCCUGGCCCUGAAAGUGUAUGUGGCUCUGUGUUACUACAAGCUGGACUACUAUGAUGUCUCCCAGGAGGUGUUGGCUGUGUACCUGCAGAGCAUGCCUGACUCCACUAUUGCCCUCAACCUCAAGGCCUGCAACCACUUCAGACUCUACAAUGGCAAGGCAGCUGAGGCUGAGUUGAAGAACCUAAUCGACAUCUCCUCCUGCUCCUUUGAGUUUGCUAAGGAGCUUAUCCGACACAACCUGGUGGUGUUUCGUGGUGGCGAGGGGGCAUUGCAGGUGCUGCCUCCGCUGAUCGAUGUGAUCCCUGAGGCCAGACUCAACCUGGUCAUCUACUAUCUCAGACAAGAUGAUGUCCAGGAAGCCUACAACCUCAUCCAAGAUCUGGUCCCAACAACACCUCAGGAGUAUAUUUUGAAAGGAGUGGUAAAUGCUGCACUGGGACAGGAAAUUGGAUCAAGGGAUCACCUGAAAAUUGCUCAGCAGUUCUUUCAGUUGGUUGGAGGCUCGGCGAGCGAAUGCGAUACUAUUCCUGGCAGACAGUGCAUGGCCUCCUGCUUCUUCCUCUUGAGACAGUUUGAAGAUGUUCUCAUAUAUCUCAACUCAGUCAAGGGUUACUUCUAUAAUGAUGAUACGUUCAAUUUCAACUAUGCCCAGGCUAAGGCAGCACUUGGCAACUACAAAGAAGCAGAAGAGGUUUUUCUACUGAUUCAGAGUGAAAAGAUCAAGAAUGACUAUGUUUACCUUAGCUGGCUGGCACGAUGCUACAUAAUGAACCAGAAGGGUCGACUUGCCUGGGAGCUCUACCUGAAAAUGGGCACUUCCUCCGAUUCCUUCAGUCUGCUUCAGCUCAUCGCAAACGACUGCUACAAGAUGGGCCAGUUCUAUUACGCAGCCAAAGCGUUUGAUGCACUGGAGAAACUGGACCCAGGCUCCAACUACUGGGAAGGCAAGAGAGGGGCAUGUGUUGGCGUCUUCCAGCUCAUACUGGCAAACAAAGAGUCCAAGGAGACACUUAAAGAGGUGGUGCCCCUGCUGCAAAAUUCAGGAAAUCCCCAGGUUGAAUACAUAAUCCGAGCUCUGAGGAAGUGGGCCAAAGACAACAGAGUCCUCCUCUCCUGACAGCGCUGCACUUCAGCUCAUCAUCAAGCAAGACAUCAGCAGUCAUUUAACUUGAAUAAACUUUAUGAAUGAUAUCUAUGCCACAUGAAAAGAUGAAAUAUUUAGCUAUGAUCUCUACCGUGCUCUAGUGUUUUGUAUUAAAAUAUGUAAAAUAUUGAAUCUCAGUUCAGUGUUGUCAGUGAUUUGUGUUUGUGUAUUUCACUGUGGUAACUGACAUCGUCCAGGUUUUUUAAAGCAUUACAAAAAUGAAAAUCAAUUUCCAGAACAGAAAAACUAAGAUAAGGAAAUCAAGGCAAGAUUUGAACAUUGAUAUGUGUACACACACACGCACACGAUUCUAUUUACAAUAGGUAGAUAAAAGAUUCUUUGACGUGUCCAUUUGUUUUCUGUUCAUAAUGUAAUACUAACUGAUACGAAUAAAAUUAAAAAAAUGAAGCAGAA